AUGCCACCAUUAAAAGAUUCUGUAUGCAUAAAGGUUGAUGAUGAGCAGCACAUUGACAAGAUUGAGUUAGAAGGCCCCUUUCUGCAACAGUUGCUGCAGGGGUCAUCCCUAUCCUUUUUUUCUCCCAACUUUUAUUUCUUGGCAGCUGUGUCUCUUCUCUGUGGCUUCACUUUACUGGAAACAAAUGCUUCCUCCCUUCCUAUGUGCUUUUAUUUCUCUCCCCCACCUCUUCUAUCUAAAUUUCCUCUUUUUAAUUCCAAUAGCAGGAAGGCUACUCUGAGAAUCUCUCUCUCUCUCUCUCUCUCUCUCUCUCUCUCUCUUCUCUUGCCUGUCGUGCCCCUUCAGGAUGUCCUACGAUAUAGCAGUCUGCUUUCUCACAGCUUUGUUGACGAAGUUAUCUGGAUUCGUACGGGUUCUAUUUCUAUCUCUUGGUUCGGAUCUGUCUUCUUGACGCAAGACAGCCAACAGACCAGACCAGCAAAAUCCACCAAGCCGUUUUCCGCCGCUUCUCUCCGCUCUCUGUCCGCGUUCUCUGUCCGCGUUCUCUCCGAUCUGCGAUCUGACUAA